AUGUCGAAAGACCGUUGCUUCCUCUGCCACAAGUCUAGUGGACAGAGGAUUCAAAAGCUUUUCAAUGGAUGUGAACAUGAAUCCGCCUGUUUGGAAUGCUUGCGAGACAAGUACAUCAUUCUUCGUCCUCACCAGCACCAGCACCAGCACCAGCACCACCACUACCAAUCGCACUAUCCACUGAAAUGUUUUCAUCCUGAUUGCCAGCGAGUACUACAAGACGCUCAAAUAAAGAGGAUCGCCCAAUCCAAAAAUGAGCUUCAAACCUUUCGUUCCUUGAAUGUCAUUUGCAAAUACAACAGAACAAUUUGCAAAAACAACAGAACGAGAUUCGGAGAACACUGGAGAGAUUUGUUGCAAGUGGCACAGGCCAUGAAGGGCAUGGAAGUCUGUCGCUGUCCAUCCUGCAGUUUUGUGAUUGUCAAGAAUGGCGGAUGCGAUCACAUGACAUGCUUUUGUGGCACGGAAUUCAGCUGGGCAAAGGUUUGCAACGGAAAAGAAAGCCAAACUAUUUUCCCAAUUUUGUUCAAGAAGAACCUUGUUCUGCCCCCUGCUGCUGCUGCUGCAAAGAAAAAUCGGACUACCAUACCUGUCCGACUUGACGAUGAUGCGGAAGAUGGAUAUUUUCGAAAUGGAAUGAUGCCUUUUGACGAUGUGGAAGACGAAAUUGACAUUGAUCCACCAAACAGCACCGAGUACCACCAGAUUGGUGCAGAGCAAGAAGCAUGUCACAACGAUGACGAGCCGUCGGCGACGCAGCCUUCUCGUGAAGCCCCAUUGCCUAGUAGGUUGUUGAAUGGAGAUGUAAAAAAUGCUGACUGGGAACAUGACGACUACUGUAUCAUUUUGGAACAUGAUGAUGAAUUCUCCGCAGAGGACAACAGCUGGGAUACGCUACUAGGCGGAAAUUCGUCCAGCCACCACACUGCUGCAAGCCAAAGUUCUUCCUGGGAAGAAGUCUCGGAAGUUUCAUCAGUUCAAAGUUUUCAUUCCAAGAUGGGCAUGUCAUUCUUGGAGGUCGCCCGAUCCAAUAAAUCAUCUACUUGGCCGAACCAAGAAGAAAAAGAACCGCUCCGAACGAUUUCCGAACCAUCAUUGGCUCCGAGGAGGAUGAAACCAAAGAGGAUUAUGAGCCAGCAAAAGGAGCAAGAAGAAUAUGAUUGUUUAACCUUCUUUGAUGCUGACUUUUUCUUCGAAGGAGCCAAGGGUGGCCGCGGUGGAAAGGCCAAAUUCCGUUUCCAUAAUGAAAUUCCCCGCCGGUACCGACGCCGUGAUCAGCACCAGAGAUCCAGUGUGCGGGACUAUGACUACAACUGGUACAAUAGAGGAGUACGACCGAAAUACAUAAAAUAA